AUGCACGCCCCGGCGCCGCGGGCCGCUGCCCGGCCGCUCGUGGACAGCUGCGACGACCCUGCCACCUUCAAGAGCCACGGCUACAGCCUGUCCCAGGCCAUGCGUUUCACCGUGGAGGAGAUAAACAACUCCAGUGCCAUCCUCCCCAACGUCACCCUGGGCUACGACAUCCACGACACCUGCUCGGAGCCUGCCAACCUCCACGCCACGCUGCGUGCCCUCAUCCAGAAGGGCAGGCAGGAGGUCGAGGUGCUCCCCACCUUCCUUCACUACGAGCCCCAGGUGGUGGCUGUCAUCGGGCCGGACAGCACCCAGCUGGCUCUCACCACAGCGGCUGUGCUCGGCCUCUUCCUUAUGCCCGAGAUCAGCUACGAAGCCUCCUCAGAGAUGCUGAGCCUAAAGCGGUUCUACCCCUCGUUCCUGCGCACCAUUCCCAGCGACAGGCAGCAAGUGAAGGCCAUCUUCCUGCUGCUGCAGAGGUUCGGGUGGACCUGGGUCGUGCUGCUGGGCAGUGACAACGCCUAUGGCAGGGAUGGCUUGGAAGCACUCUACAAGCUGCUGACCAAAAGCAACAUCUGUGUUGCCUACCGAGGCAUCAUCCCUGUCCACAAGGAUGCCAGCAGCCCAGAACUCCACAACUUGGUCAGAAUCCUCAAGGACAUCAGGGUCAAUGUCACUGUUGUCUUCUCCAGCAGAAGAAGUGCCCGCUCUUUCUUUGAGGUGGUGAUCCAGAAGAACAUCACAGGCAUGGUGUGGGUGGGCUCUGAAGACUGGUCGUUAGCCCCAGCAAUCUGGCAGGUACCUGGCAUCCAGAGUAUUGGCUCAGUGAUCGGGAUGUCAAUUGAGAAGACAGAGCCCACAAUGCUGGAACGAUUUCAAUCGUGGAAGAUAGCACAGAGAAGUGCUGCAGCUGAACAUGCUGGCAGCACGGGGGCAGGUGGGGGGACCAGAGGGGACACCCAGCUGGACUGCACCCAGAGCUGCACCUCCUGCCACCUGAGUGCUGCUGUCCCCAACAUGUAUGAUGCUCAAGCCUCCUUCAAUGUGUACUCAGCCGUGUAUGCUGUGGCCCACGGGCUCCACGACCUGCUGGGCUGUGCCUCAGGGGCCUGCAGCAAAGGCAAAGUCUACCCCUGGCAGCUCCUACAAAAAAUCAAGGAAGUAAACUUCACCCUGUACAAGAGCCACAUCUCUUUUGACACCAACGGGGACAUUCAGAAAGGCUACGACAUUAUCAUGUGGAACUGGAGUGGCCUGAGCUGGGCCUUCAAUGUGAUAGGAACUUUCAGUGUGAACCCUGACAGGUUGAACAUCGACGAGAGCAAAAUCCUGUGGCACACAAAAGAUCAGCAGCUGGCAGCAAGCUGCCCAAACGGGCCUGAUGCUCAGCCUGGUGUCCUGCUGCCCGCCCUGCUCGCCUGCCUGACCCUGCUGUGCUCCCAACAGGCUCCCACCUCGCUGUGCUCUGAGGCCUGUCAACCGGGGGAGAAGCGGCUGCAAUGCUGCUUCAGCUGCGUGGCCUGUCCAGCAGGAACCUUCCUGAACAGAUCGGACCUCUACAGCUGCCAGUCCUGCAGGGUAGACGAGUGGGCCCCAGCAAGGAGUGAAGCUUGCUUCAACCGGACCGUAGAGUUCCUCUCCUGGUCUGAGCCCAUGUCCUGGGCACUGCUGACUCUCGCUGUCCUCCUCAUGCUGCUCAUUGCAGGGCUGACCCUCCUCUUUGCCCUGAAUGCCUCCACACCAGUGGUCAAGUCUGCAGGCGGGAAGAUGUGCUUCCUCAUGCUGGGCUCUCUGGCCUGCGCCUGCAGCAGUCUUUUCUUCUACUUCGGGGAGCCCACCUGGCACACGUGCCUGCUGCGGCUCCCCGUCUUUAACAUCAGUUUCACCAUCUUCCUCUCGUGCAUCGCAACACGCUCCUUCCAGAUCAUCUGCAUCUUCAAGCUGAACGCGCGCUGGCCGGCUCUCGGCGCUGAGCCCCUUCCCGACAAAAAGGGUCUGCGGAGCAAAAAGAACCCGACCCCGGGGAAGGCACCCGGGACGCCGGGGAGCAGAAAAGGUACAGCGGUGCCGGUCGAGUGCCCCACAUGUCAUAAAACCUUCCUCAGCAAAUAUUACCUUAAAGUGCACAACAGGAAGCACACUGGAGAAAAGCCAUUUGAAUGUUCCAAAUGCGGCAAAUGUUAUUUUAGAAAAGAGAAUCUCCUGGAACAUGAAGCCAGGAAUUGUAUGAACCGAUCGGAGCAGGUUUUCACGUGCUCAGUCUGCCAGGAGGUGUUCAAGAGGCGAAUGGAGCUGCGGCUGCACAUGGUGUCACACACAGGGGAGAUGCCCUACAAGUGCUCAUCCUGUGCCCAGCAGUUCAUGCAGAAGAAGGACCUGCAGAGCCACAUGAUCAAGCUCCAUGGCGCGCCCAAGCCCCACGCGUGCUCGACCUGCUCCAAGUGCUUUCUGUCUCGGACAGAGCUGCGCCUGCACGAGGCCUUCAAGCACCGGGGAGAGAAGCUGUUUGUCUGUGAGGAGUGUGGGCACAGGGCCUCCAGUCGCAAUGGCCUGCAGAUGCACAUCAAGGCCAAGCACAGGAACGAGCGGCCCUACGUCUGCGAGUUCUGCCACCACGCCUUCACACAGAAAGCCAACCUGAACAUGCACCUGCGCACGCACACGGGCGAGAAGCCCUUCCAGUGCCACCUCUGCGGCAAGACCUUCCGUACACAAGCGAGCCUGGACAAGCACAACCGGACCCACACUGGGGAGCGCCCCUUCAGCUGCGAGUUCUGCGACCAGCGCUUCACGGAGAAGGGGCCCCUGCUGCGGCACAUCGCCAGCCGGCACCAGGAGGGGAGGCCCCACUUCUGCCAGAUCUGCGGGAAAACCUUCAAAGCUGUAGAGCAGCUGCGUGUCCACGUUCGCCGGCACAAGGGCGUCAGGAAGUUCGAGUGCACCGAGUGUGGCUACAAGUUCACGCGGCAGGCUCACCUGAGACGCCACAUGGAGAUCCAUGACCGAGUGGAGAACUACAACCCCCGACAGCGGAAGCUGCGGAACCUGAUCAUCGAGGAUGAGAAGGCCGUGGUGGUGGCUCUGCAGCCGCCCCCGGAGCUGGGCUCAGCAGAGGUGAUCAUGGAGUCCCUGUCCCGUGGCUCCCUGCCUGAGGAGAUCCCUGUGCGGAGACUCUGCUCCAAUGAAAACUUCUCUACAGCGGAUGUGAUCGAGCAAUCACUAAUUAUAACGACGACAAUUCCUGAAGACUGUGAAACGUAG